GCUUUUCUCCUCAGAAGAAUUCCAAUCAGUCAGCAUUUAGCGGUUUAGAUGCAAGUACUCAAAAAUAAAAAAGGAAGUACAAAAAAUAAAUAAAUUGAUAUCAAAAACAUGGGUACUUUACUAAAAUAAAAAGCUUUUCUAAAACAAAAAAUUCGAAUCAGUCAGCAUUUAGCGGUCGAGAAGUAAGUACUCAAAAAAAUAAGUAAAUUGAUAUCUUAAACAUGGGCACUUUAUCACUGCAACAAUACGAAGAUGUAAAGAUUGGGGUUCCCUGGGGCCAUAUCGCCGGUCGAUGGUACGGAAAUCGAGCGGAGAGGCCGAUUCUGGCCAUCCACGGUUGGGUGGACAACCUCGGCACCUUCGAUCGCCUAAUUCCUCUGCUCCCCGAUUACCUGGGAGUGCUCUGCGUCGAUAUUCCUGGACACGGAAGAUCGUCUCAUCAUCCGGUGGGAAUUCGAUAUAGUUCCGAGAAAUUCGUGUCGAUAAUUCCACGGAUCAUGAGGGAGUUCGGCUGGAAGAAAGUCUCUUUAAUGGGUCACUCAAUGGGUGGGUUCCUCAGCUUCGUUUACUCAAGUCUGGCCCCGGAAACCGUGGACAUGAACAUAAGCUUUGACCUUAUCGUACCUCCUUUUUUGAAACCCGAUGAAACAAUUAAGUGGAUAAGGUUUAGCCAAGAAAAGCACUCUUGCCUGGACGAACGAAUGGGGAGAGAAAACGCUGUUCUUUCUAGAGAAGAGUUUUUAAAACUGAUCGAAAAGGAAUCCUUCAAAUCUAUUUCUCCCUCCGUGGCCCAUCAUUUGAUGCAUCGGGUUGCCAGUGAGUCGGAAGCUUUUCCGGGAAAGGUUUUCUCCACACGGGAUGACCGGGUCAAAUACUUUUCCAAGAUGUACCUAUUGGAUCACAGACUAGCAGAGGAAAUGGCUCGAAGGAUUAAGCCGAUGCCGUAUCUCAUUAUAAAGGGCAGCCAAUCCAAAUUUAUUGGCAACCACAGCUCCGAUGUUAUUUCCCUGCUUUCAAAAAAUAAUCCAGACUUUGAGUUCCAUGAGAUCGAGGGCUCGCAUCACGUCCAUCUGAAUUCCGCAGAGGAAUGUGCCAAAUAUGUAGUACCCUUCAUCAGGCGAUAUCAUCCUCCUGGCAAAGAUCUCAACCACCGAUCAAUUCAGUGCAGCAAACUGUAGGGUACAAGAAAUUCCCAAAUUUUAUAACAAACUUUAUCUGUGUUUUAACUAACUUUCUCUAAUAAGUGAGUUCUUUGUUCCAUUACCGUUUACAAUCAGUCAAGAGUUGUGAGGUCUUAAGUAUCAGUCUACCAGACAUUUUUUAUUAAUACCUAGCGUUUAUAAUACCGGUUGCAUAUAGACUGCCGAAAGCUUUUCGGUUCUUUAAAGCUUUUUGAUUGUUUUGAUUUUGCGAUCUGACUCAGUUUUUUUCAGCAAUCAAACAGACAGCACGUGAAUAGUAAGACAAAGUUUUAAAUAUAAUUAAAAUAAUGAAUUAACUUUGGACGUUAACUAGAAGCAAAACACAAGAACCAAUUGUGAAGUUUUAUAAACAAAUAAAAAGUGAAAGUGUUCCAUCUCGCUCUUAAAA